AUGAUUGAAAGAAGAAAACACCCCUCUGGGGGCAGCAUUCAGAAAAAGAAAGAAGCAAAGGAAGCUUUUCUAUCUAAGCAGGAAGGUGCUCUCCUGAGACACACAGACACAAAUGUUCACAGUGAGCCUUCUGGCCCCAGUGAGGAUGUGAGUGGUGAGGAGAUUCCUGAUCUUCCAGUUAGUCAGAGUGCAGGUGACCUGGCACUUACUGCAGCAUCCAUAUCUCCAUCUCAAAUGGAUGUAACCAUGCACAUUCCUGAAGAAAAGUGUAAAUCAGAGAACAGAAAAGAGUGUGAACCUAGUGAAAAUGUCCCUACAAUGGUGACUGUCAGAGAGAAUUUUCUAGAAUUUAUUGACAUUGAUGAUACUACAGGAGCUGGUAUGACAAAUGUGCUUCUUAAAAAGCUGAAAGAUAUGGGAAUUGCGAUAGCUGACAUGAGAGGGCAGGUCUAUUAUAAUGGUGCCAACAUGAGAGGAAAGAACAGAGAAGUGCAGAAACAGAUUCAAGAGUUAAACCCUCAAGCUUUUUUUGUCCCAUGCUGUUCUCAUUCAUUGAACUUGGUGGAAUAUAUUAAGGGACUUUGUGAACCUGAAUUAGAAGAAAAGGAAUAUUAUCCAAAGGACAUGCACUGCAUUUUCGUUGGCGCACAGAGCCUGUUUCUUAACUGUCUUAUUCAGGAUACCUGUGCAGAUAUAACAGUGCAGGAAAUAGGAUUGCUUAUUAUUAAGGGUGGUGCAGAAGCUGUUGUAAUGGCUAGAAGUCAUAUUCAGCAAUUUGUGAAACUCUUUAAAAACAAUGAAAGCUUAUUAAGUGACAAGGAAUCAAAUGUAAAAAAACAAUUUAAACAAUUUGUGGAAGCACAUGCAGAUAAAUAUACAAUGGACUUGUUGAUCUUGCCUAGCUCACUAAAAAGAGAACUUCUGAAUCUUACACAAAGUGAUUGUUGUGAAGCAGAUGGCAAUAUUAUAGAUCUUACUACAGAUUUGGUAAGCACAUCUGAAUUUUCACAGAACAAAACCCCAAAAAUAACGAUGAGUGGAGAUGGAAGAACUGUUGGGGAGGAAGCAAGAAAUAAAGCUGGAACCCCUGUAACAGAGCUUACAAAACAAAUGGAUACAGUGUUUUCCAAUGCACCAGGAAGAGGUUUUAUUCCUAUAAGUGGUGUGACUCCACUUGAGACAUCUCUUUCCAAAGAGAGACAGUCAUGUAAAAGAAGGUGUUCUGAUGCUGAGGAAAGGCUUCCUAAGAAACAGUUUUCACUAGAAAGUGAUCAGGAGGGCAGGCCUACACAAUGUAGUGAAGAUCCAGAUGGGAGAGCAGUUGUUGAUCUGACUUCUGAUAAUUGCAGUGAAUUGGAUGAUCCACGUUUCUCUAUUAAAGACUGCGAAGACAUUAGUGAGGAAAUGGAAUACAAGAUUCUUGUAAACUUUUUCAGGACCAUGGGAUAUUCCCAAAAAAUUGUAGAGAAAGUUAUUAGUGAACUGGGACAAUCAGUGGAACCAUUAAUGCUCCUGGAAGCAAUAGAAAAGGAAAGUACAAAGUUUCAGAAGGAAAAAGAACAGUCACAGCAAAUAUCUAGAUCUGUAAGUGUGCAUUCAGGUGGUAAUGCAGAUCUUUCUCAGCCUCUGCAAUAUAGAGAUUCUGUCAGUAAAAAUCAACUUAAACCAGGUCAUACUUUAAAGGAGAUAAAAAAUGUAAAACAAAGAGAAAAUUCUCCAUGUGCACGUCUUCUGCCAGAAGACAAAAUGCAUGCGUCAAGUUAUAAAAAUAAAAUUGCUGUUCCUUGUGGUAAAAAUUCAGCAGAGCAUUGUAAACAAGUACACUUGAAUUCUUUUGAUCAAAGUCCCAGGACAAAUGAUAUAGAGACUGAUGGUCUUGUACCUUCUUCUAACAUUUCACAAGAAUUCAUGAAAAAUGGAGCACUAAAAAAUGUUGACUUUGUUGCAAGAGGGAGCUCAGACAGAGCAUGUGAAUCAGUUCAGACUGAAACUGUAAACCAACAAAAAUCUACACAGCUCUCGAAUACACAGAAUAGUCAACCUGAUCAAAUGGCGAGACCAGGACAUUGCAAUCCUUCUCAGCUUAGAUUCCUCCACCAACCCUCUUUUGAUAUCCACAAACCUGUUGAAUGUACUUUUCCAAACUCUGUAUUUCCAUCCCAUCCACAUGCUCCAAAUCUAGAGAGGAAGCCAGCUGGACCAUACAAUCAUCAUACAGAUGCCUCAGUUACUGGGAUUCAAAGAUUUAUGGAUUCUCUGAAAAAGCCAUACAAUUUGGAAUUGAAAAAUGAACCUGGGAAAGCAUCUUUAAAAUACAUCAUUAUAGAUGGGAGCAACGUUGCAAUUUCUCAUGGUCUACAGAAGUUCUUCUCCUGUCGAGGAAUUGCAAUAGCUGUUGACUAUUUCUGGAAACGUGGCCACAGAAACAUUACGGUGUUUGUUCCACAGUGGAGAACAAGACGUGAUCCUAACAUCAAAGAGCAGCAUUUCUUAACACAGCUCCAGGAUGUUGGAAUAUUAUCUCUAACUCCUGCAAGGAUGGUAUUGGGAGCAAGAAUUGCUGCUCAUGAUGACAGAUUUUUGCUGCAUCUUGCUGAUAAAACUGGAGGUAUUAUUGUUACCAAUGAUAAUUUCAGAGAAUUUGUGACGGAAUCGUAUUCUUGGAGAGAGAUUAUUCAAAAAAGGUUGCUCCAAUAUACAUUUGCUGGGGACAUAUUCAUGGUUCCUGAUGAUCCUUUGGGAAGAAAUGGACCUAGAUUAGAGGACUUCCUUCGGAGUGAAGGCUGUUCUAGAGAUUUUCCAUUAUCACAAAUAACUCUACCAACUGGGGGACUGCAUUCUUCUGGGACCUCACACUUCAUGCCAAUACCCAAGUCAUGCAGUAAUAGACAACCUAAGACUGAAGUACGUGGCGGUCCUCCAUCUGCCUGGCCUCCGUUGGAACCAAACUUUCCAAAUGUACACACUGGUCUUACAAUUCCCCCACAAAGAUCUUCUACAGAAACAAUACAGCUAAGGGAAGCGUUGACAAAAAUAUUUCCCGAUUCUGAGCAGAGACAGAAGAUUGAUCGAAUACUAGCUGAACAUCCAUUCAUGAGAGACCUUAAUGCACUGUCUGCCAUGGUACUUGAUUAAGUAUAAUACAAGGAGUUUACAUUAUGAUUGAUCUAUCUAAACUUUGAAUGUCAAUGUGAAGAAACAUGUUGCUGAGUGUCGAGUCACUUUAUGAAUAUUCAACAUUUAGUACUUUUAUUUGUAUAAAAGAUAUGAACUAUUUUUAUGCAUAUUCCUAUGGUUUUCAAACAAACAUUUUUGGUAACUUAAGUUAUGCUGCUAUUACAGAUUUGUAUUAACAAUUUCUGCAAAAGAAAACAAUUUUAUUUGCCUCCUUGAAAAUGUUUAUUAAAGUAGUAGCAGUUCUAUUUAGAAUAGUGUAUUUGCACUUGUUUCAUAAUUAUCCUGGGGGGAGGGAUGUCAUAUUUGGCCCACUCAGAUUACAAUAUUUAUUUUAAAAUAUAAGCUGAAAAUGGCACCUCUUAUAACCGUAUACUAUGUAUGCACAUUAUCUCAUUAGCAUUAAGUACACACCUUCAGGUAGUUGUUUUUUGCCACCUGAUUGGAAUUGCUUAUACUGUUAUAGAAUAUUACAUUUUGCCUGUAUUGUAGAAGUAAUACCAUUAGGUGGCAGCUUGUAUCCGUUAAUGUAUAACAACCAAGAAAAAGAUUUAUACCCAUUGGCAUUUCUGAAUUUAAUCAAAAGAACAUACAAGCAAAGAGAACUAAAUUGAUAACCGAGAGCAUGCUACUGCAGUACCAUAUAGGGAAUAAAUAGUGAGAGGACCAUUUGAAUAUUAUGUUAUGACACACAAAAACCUCAGAGUAUUGAGCUAUUAUUGCAUGAGGCUAGGAAAUAAACAGUAGUCUGUACACAUGGGUGGGAUUUUACUGCCUCUCUAGUUCAAAAGUAACUUUAUUUUUAAAAUGAAGUAGCUCACCUUGCUAAUUCGAAGUGGGGGUUACUACCUUAAAGUAUUCCCCCAAAGGAAUGAUAUAGUCACUUGUGGAGGUACAUUUGUUUUAACAGAAAAAUUUAAAAGAACCACAACAGUUUGAAGAUGCCAAGUAACUGAUUUUUUUUAAAUGGUCAGAAAGGAUCUCUGUGACCAAAACGGGGGGGGAAAGGCUUUACACUAUUAUGUGCAAUACUUCCUAUAUAAAAUGUGCUAGUUAUAAGUUCUUUUCAGUUUUGGUUACAAGUAUUGUGGUCUCAAUUAAAACAAAGCUGUAUUUUUCUGCCAUGUACCUAAUCACCAGUCAUCUUAACUAAUUUUUUACUUUUCUUUUAAACUGUAUUAAUUGCUGGGUUGUUGAUGACUAGAACUUCCCACAGCUAAAAUUAUCUGCUCGUAAAAUCUUUGGCCUUCAAGAACAUGUGGCCUUAUUUUGGAUUGGUGUACUGCUCUGGAGGCCCAAGAGGUGGUGUCAGUGCACAGACAUGGAGCCUCGAAGCACUGUUGAAACAAGUAGCUCUAAUUACUCACAAUAGCAGCAGCUUGCUUUAAGGAAACGAGUAAGUUUGUUUACAUAACUUUUUUUCCCUAGGUUUCUUAAAAUUUACAUGAAUCAACUGAAAGAAAAUGUGUCCAAUGAUUUAUUAAAGUUAGCAAAAUGAUCUUGCUGAA